CGCGCGCGCGCCUCUCGCGAUGUUUUCUAAGAGCUCCCCGGCGGGGAUCACGCUGAGCAGGGACUUCGCGUGGUGCAUCAUCGCGUGCGGCGUCGCGAUGAUCCCGCACUUGUACGGCAGCUACAAGGUCGGCAUGGCGCGCAAGAAGUACAACAUCAAGUACCCGAAGAUGUACGCGAGCGACGGCAUCAACGGCGACAAGCACCACAAGGAGUUCAACUGCACGCAGCGCGCGCAUCAGAACACCCUGGAGUGGCUCGGCCCGUGCCAGGCGCUCUGCCUCGCGAACGGCGUCGUGCACCCCAUCACGUCCGCGCUUCUCCUCGCGAUCUGGAGCGUCGGCAAGGUGGAGUACAUUCGCGGGUACUCCGGCCCGAAGGGGCCGGACGGGCGCACGCUCGGCGCGAUGAUCGCGCACGUCGGCGACUUGGGGCUCAUCAUCACGUCGUUCUUCGCCGGCUACGCCGUCCUCAACGGGCUGAAGUGAUGACGCGUCGUGAUGAACGCGCGACGCGAAUGAUGAUGAGUUCGGAUCGAUUGAUACAGUACCUACUACCUUUGUAAUAUAACAACGAGAGCGCCGACGAGCGCGGUGCGUUUCGCUC